AUGACCUUCGCCUCGUGUAAUCUCGAAGUAACAGCUCUCGAUCGUUUCAAAGAAACGAGAGGUAAUAAAGAUACUAGAAUCAAUCACUCUGACAUUCUUCGUUCCAUGAACAAACACGCAGGUGGCAGUCAACUAUUACAACACCCCAUUCUGCAACGGCUCGGAUGCCAAUCCGUCAAUAAUAUAAUGUGUUGUCGCGAAUGUGGCCACGAACGCUCAAAGUUAAGAGCGUGGGCAGAAGAAUCUGAUGGCGGCCCAUAUAUAUACGUUACGUUUCUUGAUGAUGAUGAUGAUGAUGAUGAUGAUGAUCGGACUCAGCGGCGCAGUUUGGUGGAUCUAUCUGGUUGUCGAAUUCCUGUGCAUGCUGCAUUACCUGAAGUCGAUGGCGCCCUCCUUCGCUGCCGUAGUUUCGAGGGUCAAUGGGUCCCCCUUGCCUCGGGGAUUUAUUUGUGGGCGAAAUCAACUGCAAGCUCGGUUGUUAUCGGUAUUAGCGAGUAUUUGAUUAGGAGGGACCCUGUUGAGAAUUGA